AUGCACCUGCGUGACGUCCUUGCAUUUUCGACCCUCGCCCUGGCAGCGUCUGUGUCUGCUCGCAGCAUUCCACAGCCACCCAAGGACAACUCUCCCAUUGUCUCUGCUACUGUGGACAUCGGUGGCCAAGGCAGCGAGCUGCGGACGGAGAACUUCGAGAAUCGGUGUGGUCCUAAGUACGGCAAGUGUGGAAAGGGCAAGUGUUGCUCCACUGCCGGCUACUGUGGAUCGAGCAAGGCUCACUGCCGCUCUCCGGACUGCCAGAUCGACUUUGGUCACUGCGAUGCCCUUUCCUCUCCCGAGGGUCCGUCCACUGAGAAGAUUCGCAGACCGAAGGUUGGCACCGUGCCCUAUGGACCGAACGUCAUCCGCUCAUGUGUCGUCCCGGGUACCGUUGCUUUGACGUUCGACGAUGGCCCUAGGGAAUACACCGAAGAACUUCUCGAUCUGCUAGAGAAGUACAACGCCAAGGCGACCUUCUUCAUUACUGGCAAUAACGGUGGCAAGGGACCUAUCGAUGACUUCGACAUGCCCUGGAGCACGUUGAUUAGACGCAUGCGGCUCGAAGGUCAUCAAAUUGCCAGCCACACCUGGUCUCAUCAGGAUCUCAGCAAGAUCUCGCACGACCAGCGCAAAGACCAGCUCUUGAAGAACGAGAUGGCUCUCCGUAACAUUCUCGGCAGCUUCCCGACUUACAUGCGUCCUCCAUACUCGAGCUGCCUUCCCGAGUCCGGCUGUCUUGAUGACCUGGGUAAGCUCGGAUACCAUGUUGUCUUGUACGAUCUCGACACGAGCGACUACGCCCACGACAGUCGCGAAGCCAUCCAGGUCUCCAAGGACAUCUUCAACAGGGCCCUGGAUCCAUGGAAGGCCACCGACAAAUCCUGGUUGGUCAUCGCUCACGACGUCCAUGAGCAAACCGUCCACAACCUCACGGAGCAUAUGUUGCGCAAAAUCCGGGACCGUGGCUAUCAUGCGGUGACUGUCGGCCAGUGUCUCAAUGACCCCGAGGAGUACUGGUACCGUGAAGACUCCCACGGCCCUCUUCACGUUGACAAACAGAGCAAAGGGAGCCGUAAGAAGGAUAACAAGUCCAAGUCCUCAACCUUCAAGGCCAUUACUCUGGACGGCACCUGCGGCGUGAAUGUCACAUGCGUUGGCUCUGCGUUCGGUCCCUGCUGUAGUAGUGCUGGUUAUUGCGGCAACUCUACGGCGCACUGCGGUACAGGUUGCCAGCCUGACUUUGGCCGUUGUUUCUGGCCUGGUUCCGACAAGCUUCUUCCCAACGGUACCACCAUCGGAAUCCCGGCUAAGCCUAAGGAUACGGCAGCUGGAUGGUUACCGAUAGACAAGGACAAGGAUGCUGCAAAGAAACCAGUGAAGUCGGAAGCCGGCUCUCUUCUCAAGACGGGCACUUCUGUCACGACAUUGGCUUUGCUUACUUCCGCAGCGGUUCUUUUGAGCUGA